CCAAUUUAAAUGUGAUCCAAACUCGGUUCCAGAAAACUGACCCGCUCUCUUUUUGAUCCGAUAAUUCGAGUUAACCAUGAAUUACUAAAGUUCACACACUGUAGCGAGCCCUAGCGGUACGUAGCACUGCCACUGACACUUGAAAAAGAAGAAAAGAAAAAUCUCUAAUUGGUCGCGUUUGAUGUUGAGCUUUGUUUCGAAAGCUUUUAAGUGAGUAAAUAUGGAUUUUGAUGAAUAUGAGUAUUUAGAAAAGACGGUUGAAAAUCCUGAGCAUCAAAAAGUGAAGAAGGAAGAUGGUAAUGGUAGAGUUGAUAAUGUUAAGUCUGAAGAGAAGAGUCGAAGUGGGAGUUCAAAGCAUAAGAGGGAGGAGAGAGUCGAUGAUUACGAUGAUUAUCGAAGUUAUUCCAAACGUUCAAAAUCACGAGAGGAAUCAUUGUAUGAUCAUGCCCGGCAUAAGGAACGAAGCUCUUCUCGUCACAGGUCACAGUCUAGAGAUGGUGAGAAGGAUAGGCACAGGAGUAGCAGAGAAGAUAGAGUCAAAGACAGGGACAAGGAGGAGAGGAAUGGGAGAGAUAAAGAGAAGGAGCGCGAACGAGAUAGGAAAGAGCGUGAUCGUGAGAGGGACAGGGAAAGGGGUAGGGAAAGGGAGAGAGAGCGGUCAAGUAGAAGCAGGAGUCAAUCAGAAAGAGAACGAGAGAUGAGUCGUGACCGGGAGUUUAGAGAAAGAGAAAAGGAGAGAGAACCAAGGGAUCGAGACCGAGAGAGCAGGAGGUACAAAGACAAAAAGGAAGAUGGGGGAGAGGCUGAGGUUGAUCCAGAAAGGGAUCAGAGAACUGUAUUUGCUUAUCAGAUAACCUUGAAGGCUAGUGAAAGAGAUAUUUAUGAGUUCUUCUCUAGGGCUGGCAAGGUACGAGAUGUUCGCCUCAUAAUGGAUCGAAAUUCAAGACGUUCGAAGGGAUUUGCGUACGUUGAGUUCUAUGAUGUAAUGUCAGUCCCUAUGGCAAUAGCACUCUCUGGCCAGCCUCUUCUUGGUCAACCAGUGAUGGUGAAACCAUCAGAAGCUGAAAAGAAUCUUGCUCAGUCAACUACAUCUGUGGCAGCUGGACAGACAGGUUCACAUGCUGGUGGAGCGAGAAGGUUGUAUGUUGGCAACCUACAUUUCAACAUUACAGAAGAUCAACUUCGUCAGGUUUUUGAAUCUUUUGGUACUGUGGAGCUGGUUCAGUUGCCCCUUGAUGAAUCUGGUCAUUCUAAAGGUUUUGGUUUUGUCCAGUUUGCCCGACUGGAAGAUGCUAAGAAUGCAUUGAAUUUGAAUGGACAACUGGAGAUUGGAGGUCGAGUAAUCAAGGUUUCAACUGUUACUGAUCAAGGUCCAUUGCAAGAUGUUGGGACAAAUGCUGAUGAUCUUGAUGAUGAUGAAGGUGGCUUGUCUUUGAAUUCAUCAUCUCGAGCACUUCUCAUGGCAAAGUUGGACCGCAGUGGCACUGCCUCAAGUAUUACUGGCUCCGUAGGCAUGCCUGUUAAUAACACUGGCCUCGGUGCUGCACCUUCGGCGCAACCCCUUGUUUCUCCUACCAUACAGGCUUCUAUGCCUACUAUUCCUGGACUUCCAGGUGGUCUACAAAUCCCUACUAAUGGCAUCCCUACUAUCGACACAAUUGGAACCCCUAGCGAAUGCCUAUUGUUGAAGAAUAUGUUUGAUCCAAGUCUCGAGACUGAACCCGAUUUUGAUUUGGAUAUCAAAGAAGAUGUUCAAGAAGAAUGUUCGAAAUUCGGAAAAUUGAAGCAUAUUUAUGUGGACAGGAAUAGUGCUGGUUUUGUAUACUUACGAUUUGAAGAUGCCCAAGGCGCAAUAAAUGCGCAACGGAACUUACAUGGAAGAUGGUUCGCCGGAAAAAUGAUCACGGCAACAUACAUGGUACCACAAACCUACGAGGCAAAGUUUCCAGAUAGUAACAGAUAAUUGGAUGAUGUUUAGUAAACCUAAACUGUUGAAAUCAAGAGGGUCUAAUUCCCCUUUGAAAUAUAUAUAUCUAUGUCAUACGCUUGCUCGCGCGCACAUAUAUAUAUAUUACUGAGAUACAUCAGCAGGUUGGGACUUGUAUGGGGAAAUUAAAAAAAUAUAUUUGGAAUUAGAUGGGUACUGUUUCUACUAAUUUUAUAUUCUCAUGUUUGGUUAAUGUACUAGUGGUUGCCUUUUGCCUUUGUUUAAUUGGAGAAGUUAUGAAGUAUCAAA